AUGCCUAAAUUAAACCAAUAUAUAACCGAAAAAGCAGUCAAAGAAAUUGAAAACUUACUUAACACCCAAUUAAAUGGUAUAGGUAAUAUGAAAGAAACAAAUGGCGGAAGUCAAAAAAAAGCCUUUAUUAAAUGGUUUUUAACCACCUAUCCGGAAUAUAAUGUGGCUUAUAACCCCAAGAAACGUAAUGAACAAAAACUUAUAGAAACUAAGGGGAUUACGGUGAAAAAAAGCUUUUUCGUAAAGCCUGCCCGCAUUGCUCGGGAACGAGAUUUAUUAUUUGGAACUAACAGCACCGAAAUAAAAAAUAUUGAUGGUAUGGUAGAAGCUGCUCAGCAACUACAUGAAGAGGUAAACAGAAAAAUGCCUCCAAAAAAUUACCGACCUCCUCAUAAAAGCGCCAAGCAACGGUCAGAAAGUGCUUUUGGAAGUGCUCAGCAUGGUUCCCAAAACGCUGAGGUUCAAUUUCAUCAAGUAGCAGGCAUUGACUACUCCUAUUUUGUCGCUUACAACUUACUAAAAAAACCGUUUGAUACUCUUGUCGAGGAAGCCCGUCAAACUUCCGUGAUGGCUGGGAUGAAUGAAUAUUGUAAAAAAUAUGAAAAAUAUACUCAUAGUAAUAGCAAUUUUCCUCCCCGAGUUAACGAUGUAAUUUCUUCGCCAACUGAAAAACCAGUGGAUAAUUCUGACCAAACUGAUUCUAAUCCCAAUUCGGAUACUGAUAUAACUACUCCUGACACCUCUGAGGAUGAAAAAGAAUUAAAUAAAGAUAAAGUUAAUGCUUCGGUUAAAAAGGAUGCUAAAGCAGCAGAGGAAGACAUGAAAGAGAAGUUGGCUACUUCCUUAAAACAAGCCCAAAGUGAAAAUGCUACUGAUGAAGUUCGAAUUGAUGCUAUUUCAGAGGCUGUUAAAGUGUUUGGUAAUCAAAACUGCCAAACUGAACAAGAGCAAGUAGAAAUAGUAAAAAAAGCAUUAUUUCAAAAUAACCCUGAGUUAUACCGGCAAACCAUGGUCAAAGAAUUAGAAAAAGUUAUGUUAAAAAAUGAAGAAAUUAAGGAACAAUCGCAAGUUGAUGAAGUAGUUAAACAAAUAAAUAUACAAAUAAUUCAGCAGGGAACUGCGAAAAAGAUAGCUUAUUUCAAAAAAAAAGUCCAAGAAGUUAUCAAAUCUGGUGAUAAACAACAAAUCUGGAAUCUCUAUCAAGAAGUAUUAUUAGAACGUGAAAAAAUGAAAGUUAACACUUAUCAAAAAGACAGUUAUGAAAAGUCACAAGCUUUAAUAUCUGAGUUAGAGCGGGGGAUAAGUGAACAACCUACUACGACUGACCCAGUUAAUUCCUUUUUGCUUCCAACUCUUUUAGCAGUAGGAACUAUUAUAUUAUUAGUGGUUGGCUUGCUAUUAAUAAAACUUUGGGAAGCAAGAAAAAAGAAAAAUAAAUCCUCGAAAGGGAGUUAUUAG